GGCCAGUGGAGUAACCCCAGAGUGUCCCGAUGUCUGCUUCGCGGGAGCGAUUGUGAACGGAUACAGCCUACCCACCGGAAAGGGUUCUAUUUGCCGUGCGAUGAGAAAGAGAAAGACCUACUUGAUUUUUUUUAUAAGGUAUUCUCUAUAGCAAGACGGUCUGAUGCCCUUAUUCACGUUCCGCACCCGGAGAAGGGCAGGGUCCUGGAUCUAGGCUGUGGGACGGGGAUAUGGGCUAUUAACGUAGCCGAAAGAUAUCCAGCUAUGUUUAUUAUGGGGGUUGACCUUUCUUUAAUCCAGCCUAAUCAGCAUCCUUCUAAUUGCGAAUUCUACGCCCUGUUUGAUUUUGAACGCCAGUGGGAGAUGGGAGAGGAUUUAUAGGACGUGGUGCAUCUUAGAAUAGGAUGGGAUAGUGUGUUAAAUUAGUCUAGUCUUUAUCAGAGAGUCUUCGCACACCUGCGCCUGGGUGGCUGGUUUAAACAGGUCAAAAUAGAUUUUAAAUCACGUAUUCUGACUAAUUCCUCUGAGCACUUGCUACUGAGACAGUGGUAC